AAGAAAGAAAGAAAGAAAGAAGAGAAACAAUAAAGUUAAUCACACUUUCGGCGACACGGUGCUUGAUUGAUGGGAAAAAAUACCUCAAGCAGUGAAUAUCCCUUUUCUUUUUUCUGUAUUCAUAAUAAUGCGGUUCACUCUUCUUCCAAGGCUUGUUGCUUCAAGGUCUUCUUUUCAAAGCCAAGCUGCUCUACAAAUAAAGCGUACUUUUGUUCGUCCUGCUUCUAACGAGUUUGUCAAAAUUGUCGAAGUAGGUCCAAGAGACGGUUUACAAAACGAAAAAACACUUGUACCUGCUCAAGUAAAAAUCGAAUUGAUUGAAAGACUCGCCAAGAAUGGUUUGCCUGUGGUUGAGGCUACAAGUUUUGUCAGUCCUAAAUGGGUUCCUCAGAUGGGAGAUAAUAAACAAGUGUUGACUUCAAUUCAAAAGAAAACAGGUGUUUAUUAUCCCGUAUUGACACCCAAUUUGAAAGGAUUGGAAGGUGCUUUAGCUGCAGGUGCAGAGGAAGUAGCUUUGUUUGCUGCUGUCACCGAGACAUUCAAUCAAAAAAACACCAACUGUUCUACAGCAGAAGCAAUUUCAAGAGCCAAGGAGGUAUUGAAAAAGGCCUUGGAGCAUAAUUUGCGUGUUAGAGGCUAUGUGUCUUGUGUGUUGGGAUGUCCUUACGAAGGCCCUGUGGACCCUCAGAAAGUAGCUGACGUCGCUCAGGAUUUAUAUGAAUCUGGCUGUUAUGAAAUCAGUUUGGGUGACACGAUUGGUGUAGGCACUGCUGGGUCCAUGGCUACUUUAUUAGAUCAUGUGCUUAAGGUUGUACCUGUAGAAGCUGUUGCGGUUCAUUGCCAUGAUACAUAUGGUCAAGCCUUAGCUAACAUUUUGAAGGCCUUAGAGUAUGGUGUUCGUGUAGUUGAUAGUUCAGUAGCUGGUCUUGGUGGCUGCCCUUAUGCUCCUGGAGCCAAGGGAAAUGUGGCUACUGAAGAUGUUGUCUACAUGUUGAAUGGUUUAGGGUUCAAGACAGGUGUUGAUUUGAAUGCUUUGGUAGAAACAGGUGAAUGGAUCUCAGAGCAAAUCGGCCGCCCUACCAGUUCAAGAGCUGCUUCUGCUUUGGUAGUCGCCAAAAGACGUAGACAACAAUUGGAAGAACAAGUCAAGACGGAAGUUAAAGCCAAGCUUUAAUAAAUACCAAGUCACUUUCAUGCUAUUAAAAUAAAGUUUUUCUCCCUUUUUUUUUGUUCA